UUUUGAAAAUUGUAAACAUUGCUUCACACAUAUUGACAUCAACUUGAUGAAGAGCAACUAGGCAUGUCCGCGAAACUUACAACGAAAUCAGAAAAGCUUGACAGUUCCUCAUCAGUGGAAUAUACUAUCGAAUCAGAUUCUUCGGAUUAUUUCAAUCAUGGUAGGAAAUUACCACCCAAAACGACAGAAUGGAAAAUGUCACAUCUCUUGGAACUUGGCAUUCACUUUGACAAAUCCAGUACUGAUCUUGAUACUUUAAUGUCCAGUGUUAAACAGAUUUUUCGGAAACCCAAACAGUCAGAAACUGAUUCAGAAAUUUCAAAAAUGCAUAAAUGCUUAAUCGAAUUGACGAAAGAUUGGUGGACAUUCUCGUUUGACUUUGAGAGUGCAGCGAAGUCACUGACAGGAGAGGGUGUUGUAAAAACGCUGACAACGGCAGAAAAAGCGAUUAAAGUGUUUGAACAGGAAAAUUACAACAUUAUGGAAAACCUAAAUAAAACAGAACUGGGGGAUUGGAGAAGUUUACAGGUAUAUUCAGUAUGGAGGAAUAAUCUGUUGGAGUUUUGGAGAUAUUUUUGUGUACUGCUUAUAAGGUGGGGGAAACCAUAUCAAAAAGUGGGGAGAUUCACUAACCUGUUCAUGGCUUUCUCCAAAAUUUGUUUUCUGCAUCCAGAACCAGGGAAUACAUAUUCAGAUAUCCUGCAAAUAAAAGACAGCACUGUCCGUGGCACACCAGACAUCCGUUUUAUGGCUUUACCACCAUCCUCCUCUGGAAGAAAGAAUUUGGAACUCAUUGUUGUCACAGAGGUAAAGCAGUAUGAUGCAUUUAAGGGAGAUUAUGUUAAAGGGGAGAAUUUCAGUUCCAAGAAUUUAUCACCAAAUGUUUUGGCUCAACAUGGGAUACAGCUCCUCAUGGAGAGAGAGUGCUCUUUUUUCUUUCCAGCAGGAAUAGUAGGAAUUCUUUGUACUGGCACCAAGGUUAUUUUUACAUUUUUUCAGAUAAGCCAAUCUCAUUAUCACUUAAUACGAGGCAAGGGAAAGGUGGAUAAGACAAGCAAAGCAACAAUAUCAUAUACCAGACCGUAUGAUUACAUGGAUGCUAGGGAUCGAACUGAAAUUCUGGAAGCAUUCUUUUGGUUUGGACAAGUGCAAUCAAAUCCGAAAGAGUUUACAUGAAGACCAUGCAGCAUUCCUUAUAACAGUUGUGAAUUUGUGUACAAAUUUGUGAAUUUGUUGCUAGCGGCUAGCCUAACUUUGGAAAAGGAACCAAGACUUAGUACAGAUCUUGAUUAAGUACUAACAAAAUACAUGUAUUCAGCAAGGUUCUCAUAAUGGAUUGAAUGCCCCAAUCUAGUUUCUCUCUGGGUUUACUAACAACCUGUAAAUGAUCAUACAACAUACCGGUACAUGUAGUCUAAUCUAAUCUUUGUUUCAUGAUAAAAUGUUUUGUAACAUUUGCUCCUGAGCAAAAAAUAAAUUCUUG